GACUGGACAAGCAGACCUUGCAAAAGUGCAGUGUGGACACCCGGGAGGAAGAACCAGUGGAGACGCGAGAGGACUGAGGCGGGGUGGAGAGAGGCGCACCGGGGAGGGAGGAGGUGGGGAGUGUCUGAGCCGGCCAAACGCAGAGCCCGCCCGGCUGGAACAGGUGAGCCGCGGAGGGCGGUGGUCCCGCCCCCCUUCCCCAGAGUGCUCGCACCCCGGCGCUUUGCUAUUCCACGUUCCCCCGUUUCAGGCUCCGCCCCUUGCCUCUGGGGUUUUGCAACUGGCAGCUGUUCCCCCGUUUUUAUCUCUCCUGUUUUUUUUUUUUUAAAGCUCGCUUCACCCCGCCCAGGAUCAGGCGAGGGGGAGCCAGUUGGCUGAGGGCAGCCAGGAGAGCUGGGUGCCAGCACCAACUUCAGGAGUGGAGUCCCGCGUCCCGCCUCCAGCUCCCGGGGUGCGCUCUGCACGCUCCCGCUCCACCACCACCACUACCACUACCCGAGGCCGUGCGUUCUCCCACCACCCCCCCAACAAGCCCUUCCCCACUUUUCACCCCCUUUUGCAAUCACAUGGCAUUUUAAGAAUGCCGGAAAGAUGGCGGUAGCGGGAGCGGCGGCUGUGGCGGCGGCGCCGGCCGGCGGGGGAGGCGGCCGAGCUCAGCGCAGCGGGCUGCUGGAAGUUUUGGUGCGGGAUCGCUGGCACAAAGUUCUGGUGAACUUGGGCGAGGACGCCCUGGUGCUGAGCUGUGAAGAGGGCGCUGCGGCGUACAAUGGCUUCGGGGCAGCCACGAAUGGCUCUUUCUGCAGGGCCCCGGGGCCCUCGGGCCCCAGCGGCACGCAGUCCCCGGACUCUCCCGCCGGGGUGCGCACCGCCUUCACCGACCUGCCAGAGCAGGUGCCCGAAGCCAUCUCGAACCAGAAGCGAGGCGUGAAGGUGCUGAAGCAGGAGAUGGGCGGGCUGGGCAUCAGCAUCAAGGGAGGCAAGGAGAAUAAGAUGCCCAUCCUCAUCAGUAAGAUCUUCAAGGGACUGGCGGCCGACCAGACCCAAGCCCUGUAUGUGGGGGACGCCAUCCUGUCUGUGAACGGAGCAGACCUGCGGGACGCCACCCACGACGAGGCGGUGCAGGCGCUGAAGCGCGCAGGCAAGGAAGUGCUCCUGGAAGUGAAGUACAUGCGAGAAGCCACACCCUAUGUGAAGAAAGGCUCCCCAGUAUCGGAGAUUGGGUGGGAAACGCCGCCACCAGAGUCCCCAAAGUUAGGGGGCAGCUCUUCAGACCCUCUAUCAUCACAGUCGUUCUCCUUCCAUAGAGACCGGAAAAACAUCCCUCUCAAGAUGUGCUACGUCACUCGCAGCAUGGCUCUGGCUGACCCUGAGAACAGGCAGCUUGAAAUCCACUCUCCAGAUGCUAAGCAUACAGUGAUCCUUAGGAGCAAGGACUCAGCCACUGCCCAAGCCUGGUUCAGUGCCAUCCAUUCCAACGUGAGUGACCUGCUGACCCGAGUGAUCACCAAUGUGAGAGACCAGCUGGGGAAAACAGGCAUUGCUGGGAGUCGGGAGAUCAGACAUCUUGGGUGGCUUGCAGAAAAGGUGCCUGGAGAGAGUGAGAAACAGUGGAAGCCCGCCCUGGUUGUCCUGACUGAAAAGGACCUCUUAAUCUAUGACAGCAUGCCACGGAGGAAGGAAGCCUGGUUCAGCCCAGUUCAUACAUACCCUCUUCUUGCUACUAGGCUGGUUCAUUCAGGUCCAGGGAAAGGAUCACCACAGACUGGUGUGGAUCUCUCCUUUGCAACACGAACUGGUACCAGGCAGGGAAUUGAAACACAUCUCUUCAGGGCUGAGAUCAGCAGAGACCUCUCUCACUGGACAAGGAGCAUAGUACAGGGCUGCCACAAUUCUGCUGAGCUUAUUACAGAAAUCACCACAGCUUGCACAUAUAAAAACCAGGAGUGCCGUUUGACCAUUCAUUAUGAAAAUGGGUUUUCCAUUACCACAGAGCCACAGGAGGGUGCCUUUUCCAAGACAAUCAUUCAGUCUCCAUAUGAAAAGCUGAAAAUGUCCUCAGAUGAUGGCAUCAGGAUGCUAUAUUUAGAUUUUGGAGGCAAGGAUGGAGAGAUUCAAUUGGACCUUCAUACCUGCCCCAAGCCAAUUGUCUUCACCAUCCAUUCCUUCCUGUCAGCGAAAAUUACAAGACUGGGUUUGGUGGCUUGAACAGAGGGGCAAGUUGCCUUUGAGAAAAAAACCUGUACCAUUUGCAGUGAGCCAUGCUCUACAUAUGGCAUGCCACCAUCAGCUUUAGAUUCCCAGAAGCCUGUGCAACUGCCCCAGACUCCUCUGUCAGCUUCACCAGCUGAAAGGUGGUACCCUAAAAAUACCACAAAGAGUGCCAGAAUCAAUGGGCAUUUUAGAACAGUAAAGGGAUAAAAAGAUGAAUGCAAUUGAAAAUAUAUGGCAUAGUUUAAAAUAAUGACAAUCAAGAACAUGAACAUUAGAACAGCUUGAGCAGAUCUUAAUCGCACCUGUUUCUAGGUAACUUGUUCACCCAGGUAAGGAAGGGCUGAAUGGAGAAGAAAUGGAUAUCUUCACCUCUCUGCCCUUCCAAGAACAAUGAUCUCUUGCUUUGUUGUGAUUUAUUUCUUACUUAUAAUUGAGUUUGCUUUCAUGGAUAAGGAGAGAAAAGUACUUCAAAUGGAAACCCACCUUUUAUCUGACUAGGAAGCAGCUGUUACUUUUUUCUUAAUGAAUUAUCCUUCCGUUAAGCACGAGGAUUUUGAAGUGUUCUUCUCAUUAGCAUGCUCUGAGUGAGAAUUAAAUAAAGCAUACGAUACUGAUCUCAGCUUUAAUGUGACAGAAUCUGAGCCAAAGUCGACUGCUUAAAUCACAAACUUUUACUGAAUAGUACUGUGCCUAAAACCUGAUUAAUUCUGAACUAUAUUCACACCAAUGUCCAUUACCUGACAACCAAGCUAACUGCUUUAUUUAUCGAAAUCAAAUUUUAAAAAAUUAUAUAUAUAUAUAUAUAUAUAUAUAUAUAUAUAUAUAUGACUCACAUUAAGUUAGCUAGCUAUUCCCAUUCUGUGGUUUUCAGUGGAAGUACUUGAGCAACUUAUAGACCCUUGUUUCUGCCUGUGCUUACAUGCAUUUUUUUUUUUUUUUUGCACAGGGGACAAAACAGCCUCAUUUAAUUCCAGAUGAUUCAGGGAUAUAUAUAUAUAUAUAUGUCUCCAGCAGUAUAAUAGAAAAAUCAAAUCCCAUAAUGGCAUUCACAGUUCCUUCAGAAUUCCAGGGAAAUACUACUAAUAACCUGAUAUUUUUCUACAAGUAUAUUUUCAGACACCAUAGAGCCCAUUACUGAUUGAAAGACUUUGGUUUUAUCUUUCAAAACUAAUUCUCUAAAAAAAAAUUCAUCAAUUGGUAUGAUAUAUAAUUUAAGAGUUAUUUCCCUCAAACAUUGAAAAUUAUCUCUAGGGUAUCUGUAAGCAUUUGUAACAGUUUUUUCUUCUUGAGUUUACAUAGACAAAUGGGUUAGAUUUGUAUGCUUUUCAAAAAUUUAAUUGAGCAAAUACCUAUGUAAAGAACUUUGAAAAGUGAAGUUGUUUCCGGAAGGGCAUAAUGGUUAUGCAGAGAGACUGAGGCUCCAAAUUCCUAAAUUCAAUCUCUUGUACUAUCAUAAACCCAAGCUUAGCAGUGCUCUGGUAAGAUUUAAAGAAAAAAAAAUGCAAUUGUUUCAAAGGAAGGUGAUUUUUGCUCCCUUCCACAUACAUGUUUAUUAAGUUUUAUGUAGUACUAGCUUCAAGGAGCAUUGAUUGAGUGAUGCCUUAUGAUCAAGAAUAAUGAAGAGUUUGCCAAAAUGUGUGUUAAAUGCUGAACUAGCCAACUUAUUCAGAUUCCACAACUGCAGACCUCUUCAAACAAUUUAAUAGGUAUUAUUCAAGAGGCAAUCUGGGAACAUUCCUUACACUUAAAGUACAACUCCUUUAUUGUGAAAACUUUCUUUGGAAAACAGAGCUUUGGGACAUUGAUCUGGUUUUGUUUGUGUUCCUCUUCGAUUUGAAAAUGCUGAAGAAUGAAGUUCAGUCCUGACUAUUACAGGAAAGUUUUGAUGCCUCUGUAAAUCAUGCUCUGCUCUUCCAUUACAUACUAUUAAAAUCACUGGAAUGUUAUCAUAUACAAAAA